GAUCUAGAUGCGGCGGAUUUCGACGGAAGUUAUAUGACAGUCUACGAGGUCAAAUAGAGCUGGUCCCUGGAUAAGUGUGAUACAGUGGAGACCGUCGGCAGCGAUGGCCAAUACUACGGAUACUUGGGCUUCCUUCAAAUGCAAGAAGAAAGUGGUCAAAGAGAAAUACGAGUGUUCAAGGUCUCCGGGGCCUCUCAUGAUCUCGCAUUUACCGAGGUCUUUCGUCAAAACCUCCAGUCCCACGGCAGUCAGCUCCACCGACCGUUCAUCAUGGCCAUCGGCCCAUCAUCAGUUAUAGUGAUGUGGACGGUCACCGACCGAGAAAGACAAUAUGUGAUCAUGGGGCUGGAAAGUUCUUGGAAGGAACCAUUGAUUCAGUCGCUUGAAGAUACCAGAGAGAUAUCUGCCAUUCCGCUUUCAAUAGCAAUAGCGAGAAGUCCUGCCCCUUCACCUCGCUUUUCUGGCACAUUUGACUUUGCACUCUUUUCUCCUUCCCUUCUGCGCGACUCUGUGCAUACCUCUGGUGAUAGCACCGAUGCUUCUCCACACGGUAUCAUUGGCAGCUGCGGCAAUACCCGGGUCGUCCUUGUGGGCAUUCACCAAAAGAACUUAUUCGAGCUGAAAUCCCGCCCCAUCAGCGUUAUUCAAGUUCUAAUUCCGUCAGACGAUGCUCCCUCCGACACGCAAAUCUCUGUAUAUUCGACAGUCGCUGUGCCCGAGGUACUUGAACGCGAGAUGCACGAGAGCAACUUCGAGCACGUUCUAUACGGGGCAAAGCGUCUCCUCCGAGCAUCAAGGGAACGCUAUCGGAGGCACGAGCGCCUACGCCUGAGGUGCCUGGAGAUCCGGAUCACUGAUGAAGAGGGCAGAGACAGCACUGGACAGGUCGGAGGGAGCAAGGACGAUGGGCACAAACCUGACAGAGACGCCAACGAGGGGCGUCACCGCAGACGCCGCCGUCGCCGUGACGAUAUCGAGAAGGAGAUGGUCAGUCGACCCGGGCCUGGUAUCGUGCUUAGGGAGUCACCAACACUCUUGGUCGGAAGUGAUGGCACCGGUUUAGCGUGGUCAAGCAGCGAGGUGGCUUGCGUCGAUUUGGAGCGAGGGCGAGUAUGUCUUGUGGAAAACUUUGGGGAGGGGCAAAGACGCGGAGGACAUGUCGGGAAAGAGCUCGUUGUCGUAGACUUCGCGUAA